AUGCGCCAAGUGCCAACCGCUGUCGGGUGUACACUGUACAAUUAUUCAUUAUAGUUCUAUAGAAUUUGUGUAAUGCAACAUGAUUAUUCCAAACUUCGCUUGUAAAAUUAUAUUGGUCUAAGCUUAACUUAACUGGUCUCUUUACAGUAUUCUUCGAAACUAAGGGCAGUUCGUGUUUUUAACAACAAAAUGUCUUUUUCUUUUGGUACGCCUUCAAGUGCGCCAGCAACUGCUUUAUCUGGAGGUUUUAGUUUUGGCGCUAACAAAGCCGCCACACCUGCCUUUGGUUUAGGUGGUACUCAGCCAUCCUUAGGGCUAUUUGGUACGCCUGCUACAUCAGCUCCAGCAUUUGGGACAGCAACACCGGCUUUUGGUUCCACCCCUGCAUUUGGUGCCACUUCCACAGCCCCAACAUUUGGAGCAAGUACAACACCUGCAUUUGGGGCUACUUCUGCUGCUCCUACAUUUGGAGCUAGUUCUACUCCAGCAUUUGGGGCCACAGCAACACCAGCAUUUGGUGCCACAGCAACUCCAGCAUUUGGUGCCACAGCAACACCAGCAUUUGGUGCUACAGCAACACCAGCAUUUGGCUCCACAGCAACACCAGCAUUUGGUGCAACAUCCACAGCCCCAGCAUUUGGAGCCACAUCCACAGCCCCAGCAUUUGGAGCCACAUCAGCAGCACCUGCUUUCGGUGCAACAACUACACCGGCAUUUGGUGCAACAACUACACCGGCAUUUGGCGCAACAUCCACUCCAGCAUUUGGUGGUGCUACACCAGCUUUUGGAACUACAACACCGGCCUUUGGUAACACCUCAUUUGGAAGUAGUCUGAGCACUGGAUUGAGUUUUGGGGCUGCAGCGACUACUUCAACUACUAGCCUUUCAUUUGGUACUACAACGACAACAAGUGCGGGCUUGGGUGGCCUUGGUGGUUUUGGUUUUGGUGCUACGACCACUGCUCAGCCUAAUAUUGGGCUAGGUGGUACAUCUACUACAGGGAGCUUUGCAACAACCAGUCUGGGAUUGGGAGGUGUGGCGGCCACUAACACAGCAGGAGCUAGCGAUGGCAAAAGCGAACCUCCGAAGCAGACAAAAUUGCCAAACGAGGUGUCGACAACCGUGGAAGCUUUUAAAGAAUUUGUGAAGAAACAGAAAUCCCUCAGCUCCGACAUCAUGAGGGUGUCUAUCAAGCCUCUGCAGAAGGUGAGUCGCGAAGCGGAGUGCACUCUGCGCCUGGCCAUGUCCCUGAACGGCGAGACGUCUCGCUGUCGAGCUCAGUCGCGUCGGCUGCGCACUUCCGCCGCCGCCGCCCUCGCCGCCGCCGAGACGGCCAACCGAGACCCGCCGGGUUCCGAGUUGGAGGGAAUAACUCCGCCGACGUACGUGAAGGACCUCAUAUCGGAGUUGGAGCAGCAGAUCAUCACUUUCAGGAGACAGAUGGACGUGGCCGACAAGCAGAUGCAAGCCUCGCCCAAACUCCUCACGGAACAGGAAUUGACCAUGGGCAUGCGCCGAAUGCACGAGUCAUUCGUGGCGUUGGCGGGAAGACUUCAGGCCGUGCACGCGCAGGUGCAAGCGCAGAAAGAGCAGUACCUCAACUUCAGGAAGUACGUGCUGAAGGACCCCACCGACGUCUUCGAAACCAGCGCGAGCGCGAGCCUGGACCAGAUAUUGCGAGACGCGGAAGGAACGAGGAAGAGGAGCCGAUCGGGGAACACGAGCGAGCUGGGGCUCGACGGCGCCGUACUCUCGGACCCCAGGGCCGCUUUAGGAAACGCGCAGCAGUUGGCCGGACCGACGCCUUUCACGUACCUCGGCAGCACUCUGUCGCCCUUCUCCGCGGCCGAGGCCCAAGGAUCGAACUGGCAACCCACGCCGCAGGCGGUGAACUCGUCGUUGAACAUUAGCGGGUUCGGGUCACGACCGGACAGUUUCCAGCUUCAAAAACCCGGAAAACGCGGAAAGCAGUGAUAUUGGCGACAUUGAACCGGGCUCGCUCCGCGAUCUUCCGACAGUUGAUGUCUCGAAGACGGAAACAAUUUACAAUUUACAAUCUGGAAAUUAUGUUCCAGAGCCCAGUCAGUGUUUUGAACAAAACCUUGAGAGUGAGAGGUGUACUCUCAUAUAUGUGGUCAUUGCAAAAUGGCUUUCUCGAUAGCGAAGUGAUUCGCUAUAGAGAUGAGUCGAUAACCGACCGAUAAAUUAUAAGUUAAUUAAUUUUAACUCAUGAAUGAUUAUGAAAUAAAUAUUGUUAAUUGAUAA